CCCUCCGUCCAAACCGAAAGCACCGAAAAGACCAUCCGCGCAACGCCCUUACACGAGAAAUCACCCUCUGCCGACCUCACCGCGGAAGAAAACCUCGAGAUCGGCAUCCAGGAACACAGCGCCGGCCAGCUUCAAAAAUCAACCUACCACCUCCGCCUCGCGGCGAAGGAAGGCCUACCAACCGCCAUGCUCCUCUACGCCCUCGCUUGCCGACACGGCUGGGGCAUGAAACCCAACGCAGAAGACGGCGUGAUGUGGUUGCGUAAAGCCAUCGACAGCGCCGGGCUGGGUCUCGUCGACGUCGAGGCCGCUAUAAGUCAUGCCUCGCGCUCGCCUAACCCGGAUCCCGGGACUGAACUGGCGGAGCGGAGGAAGCGGAAGGCUCAGUUCGCGCUGGCGAUUUAUGAACUGGGGAUCAGUUAUAUGAAUGGCUGGGGCUGUGCGAAGGACAAGGCGUUGGCGUUGAGGUGUUACGAAGUCGCCGGGGCUUGGGGGGAUUGCGACGCCCUGGCUGAAGCGGGGUAUUGUUAUACGCAGGGGGUGGGGUGUAAGAAGGAUCUGAGGAAGGCGGCGGGGUUGUACCGGAGGGCUGCGGAAGGGGGGAUGUCGAUGGCGGGGAACAGUUGGUAG